UAAAAGCGGAAAUUACGCAGGAACUCGCGAGUGCAGGGGCGGUGCUGGAAAGAUACAGGCAGCUGAGGGACGGGGGCGGGCAGACGGUAUUGGAAGGCGCCGGAAGUGGUCGUGCUGAGGAAGGGUAGGUGCGGGGCUGCCGAGGCAGUUGGCUUGGCUGUAUGUAGCUGAGCAGGUCGUUUUAGCGCACUCUCACUUCUUCCUGAGUGCCUGGCACAGUCUCCCCGCCUCGGCCAAACAUGGACUUCAGAGAAAUUCUCCUGAUAGCUUCCAAAGGACAAGGUGUCAACAAUGUGCCGAAAAGGUAUAGUUUGGCAGUGGGACCUCCAAAAAAAGACCCAAAAGUUAAAGGUGUCCAAUCAGCAGCAGUACAAGCUUUUCUUAAAAGGAAAGAAGAAGAACUCAGAAAAAAAGCCUUAGAGGAGAAAAAGAGAAAAGAAGAAUUAGUGAAAAGGCGAAUCGAGCUCAAACAUGACAAGAAAGCAAGAGCUAUGGCCAAGAGGACAAAGGAUAAUUUCCAUGGUUAUGAUGGGAUUCCUAUUGAGGAAAAGUCAAAGAAGAGGCAGGCAAUGGAAAGGCCCACCAGCCAGGGAACAGACCCAGAGUAUGAGAUGGAAGAAGAAGAUGAAUUCUUUGAAAACAAUCAAGUAGAAUCAGAACAGGAGUAUGAGGAAGAGCAAGAACCUCCCAAAGUUGAAAGCAAACCAAAGGUCCCCACCCUUAAAAGUGCCCCACCACCCAUGAACUUCACUGAUCUACUAAGGCUGGCUGAGAAAAAGCAGUUUGAACCAGUGGAGAUCAAGAUAGUGAAGAAAUCAGAAGAGCGGCCUAUGACUGCAGAAGAACUUAGGGAGAGAGAAUUCCUUGAACGAAAGCAUAGGAAGAAAAAGGUUGAGACAGACACAAAACUACCUCCAACUGUGUCCAAAAAGGCACCCUCUCAGAAAGAAAGCAUGGGCACAAAACUUAGCAAAGUUUCUGGAGACAAGCAUCUUUCUUCCAAGGGAAUGCCCCUUCCUCAUGCUGAGAAGAAAUCCAGACUCAGCAUUGGCAAUGAGAAACACUUAGCUUUGUCUUCAUCCAAAUACAUGCCGGGAGAGAGGACCAAGGCAGGAUCUGGCAAUAGCUCCCAACCCUCACUUCGUGAGGGCCAUAACAGAUCUGUUUUCAAUGGGGCUGGAAAGGCCCAUUCUAGCACCUAUUCACCAAGUGUCCCAAAGACUUCUGCUAGUGGGAUGCAGAAAUCUGUUACUGAGCACAAAGCCAAAAAAUCUCCUUCCCAUCCUAGCCAUUCCAGGCCUAGCCCCAUGAUCACUCCACACAAUAAGACUAAGAGUCCAGGUGUCAGGCAGCCAGGCAGUAGCUCUAACUCAGCCUCUGGUCGGCUCAGCACAGCAACUGCUCAUCCCACUGUUAGUUCUGGCCCUAUGCCCAGGCGGCAGAAUGGCAGCUCCAGCUUAGGACCUGAGCGAUCCCUCAGCGGGACCAAAAAGCCAUUCAGUGACUCAAAUCCCUCUGGUCGGACAGUCAGUGGUGCUAGUGGCCCUGGGCGACCUACAAGCAGCUCAGGUGGCCUGGGGCGAUCUACAAGCAGCUCAAGUGGCCCUGGGCGACCCAUCGGUGGUUCAAGUAGUUCUUCAAGACCUGUGUGCAGCUCUGGAGGCCCUGGGCGGCCUGUGAGCAGUCCACAUGACCUUCAAAGACCAGUGAGUGGCUCAGGCCCCCUUGGGCGGUCAGUCAGUGGCCCUGGGCGAUCUGUAAGUGGCUCAGUUCCAGCUGGACGGACUGUUGGUAGUUCAGGCCCUGGAAGACCAACAGGCAGCUUGGGACCUGGACGAACAGCUGGUAGCUCAGGUCCCCUCAUAAAGCCCAAGUGCACUGUUGUCUCAGAAACAAUUUCUUCCAAGAAUAUCAUUAGCCGGUCUAGCAAUGGACAGAUGAAUGGAAUGAAGCCUCCCCUAUCUGGCUAUAGAACUGCCCAAGGUUCUCAAAGGCUUUCCUUUCCCACUGGUUACAAAAGGCAUCGAGAAUAUGAAGAGGAAGAUGAUGAUGAUGAAUACGACUCUGAUAUGGAAGAUUUUAUCGAAGAUGAAGGAGAAUCUCAGGAAGAAAUAUCCAAGCACAUUCGAGAAAUCUUUGGCUAUGACCGAAAAAAAUACAAAGAUGAAAGUGACUAUGCCUUACGUUACAUGGAGAGUAGUUGGAAAGAGCAGCAGAAGGAAGAAGCAAAGAGUUUACGACUAGGUAUGCAAGAGGACUUAGAGGAAAUGAGACGUGAAGAAGAAGAACUGCAACGUCGAAAGGCCAAGAAACUCAAGAGGUUUUAGCAGCUGCUUUUGUUUCUGUGAAAUUCGAGAGACCUGCUGCUGCAAGAAUUUUCUUCCUUUAGGCUUGAAGAUGCCCCCUUACUGUUUUAGAUUUAUACUUGGAUACUCAAGGAGAAGGCAUGCAUACUGUUAUUUGCAGGCUGUCAUUUGAGCAUAAAGUAUUUUCAGAUAUUUUCCAGGGUGAAAUCUGUAAUGCAGAUGAUAUAAGGCCCACUGUGCCCUUAUGAAGUUGAUUCUUCACAGAUGCCAACCUUGAUCCUGAUGAGCUAUGCACUCUAAUAUGGGACCUCUCACCAGUCAACCAGUCUUUUGUUGUUCCUUUGCUCUUUGAAAGGAGAAAAAAGAUUGUCCCUUGACUUCUAUAAUAAUUCUAAUAUGUGAGUAGGGCAUACUGCCUGGCUCCCAGUUAAACUUUUUAUGAGGAACCUGGCCCUCCCAUGAAUGUUGCCAGCAAAGUGACUUGUCCCAAUCUAAGUUUGGGUUGGAACUUGAAAAUGUAGAGUAGGAUUUAUAAUUAUCAUAUGGAUGCCAUCCCUGUGACUUUGAAGUGCAAAGUAAAGUAUAUUCUAUAUUAUUCAUGGAUUGGAUGCUGAGCAUUCUUAUUAAUUUAGGUAAUUAGGCAAUUAACAAAGUUUUCGAAGUUAAAAUACAGUUUAUGUGAGUAUAAUAUUCUUCUACAAGUUUUCCUUUCAGAUUUAUUAAAAAAGUUUGGCUUUAGUGUAAAAUAGACAAGGUCACUGUGCUGAUUGAUUUUUACCUUAAAAAUCAUUUUUUAUAUUAAAGAAAAAUAUUUUAUUCAAAUGUGAGAUUUGAAAGAUUAGUAGUUUAAAAAAUAAGUGACAUGUGAGGCUUCCCUCCUUCCCAUGCCCUACCCAUCAUAAAGAUAUUUUGAAAUCCCAAGGUGCCCCAUACCUCUGGAUGUUAAUGACUUUGCAUUCUUAGCUUAAAUUUGUUAGAAAAUAUUUAUACCAAAAAACCAAAAACUAAAUUUAUAUCAAGAGCACCACCUUCUCUUUUUGUCUAUAUUGCACUUUCAUUUCAAACUAUGCACUGUGAAGAGAUUUUUUCCCCCCAGAUAGAAAAGGAUGCUCCCUGUUAUUGGUGUCUUACUGGGCUCUGGAAUUUCAUUUUCAUCCUGAAGUCAUAUCUAUAGAUUUGAUAGCACUUAAAUCCUUGGAAUUCCAGUCAGGCUGACAUGGGUCUGGCUGGAGGAAAGCCAAGUCUAACAAGUAGCAACAUAAAGUGAGAUACGAUGCUAGAGAGCAUUUGUCCUUGGCACUAUAUGUGGAGGGUUGAGGGAAGUCAGACCUAAGCUUGUAGGAUAAUUCUACAAUAAAUGUUCUCAAGCCUUUGAACAGUAGGCAUUAGGAAGUUGGGGUUGUCCAACAUAGAAUCUGUAUUCUUUAAUAGAUCCAGAUGCUUUUUUGUAUUCCUUUUUAUCCAUAAAGUCUUCUUUAUUCAAGUUUGGAUAUUACAGAUUACUAUUGUUAGCCUCCCUUAAUGGGACCAGGUGACCCAGUCCUUUAGACCAACUCAUUUUAAUUGAGUUUCAAACUUUCCAAAUAUAAGGGUUUAAUUUUGAAGUGGAAUUCCAUGAAAGGUGAAAGGUAUCUUCAUCGCUAGGAAUGACACCCUAACUCUCCACAUAGAACUGUUAUACUGGUAGCAGAAAAUCCUAUUAACUUCCUCUUCAAUGUCAAAUACCUUCAGUGAAAUUGUUUUAAGGGUAGUGUGAUGUUCCAUGUAAUAAAAUAGGUUUAUAACAUUAUUUCCUUUGCUGUCAUUGAUGUGCAUUUUUUCUUCCUCCUCCCAAAGUUUUUUGUGGACUUUAUUUUAAACAUUCAGACUCUGAAAUCUGUGAUUUCAGUCUACUACUUGUCUAAAUUUUGGCUUUGUUUUCAAAUCCUGUCUUCCACUUUGUCCUUCUGUACUUCAUGACUCCUCAAAACUCACAAACUUUUGAAGAAACUGGAAUAGGCUAUUAUUUUAUCAAGGUUUGUAAAUUAUGUGCUUGAUUUUUAAUAUUUCCUCUGUUUUGAUUUUUCAAAUUUUCUUCUAUAUUUAAAGAUGUGCCUUUUAUUGGGUAAUGUUUUGAAUGUAGUAAUGUUAUUUCAUGAUUGUAAUAAUGUUACAUAAUCAUGGGUGUGGCAUUCUCUAACACAAAUGAUGUGAAAGGAAAGUAGUUUUCAUAAAACUCAUGGCUUUGAUUGCACAGUCCCACUUGCUUUUGAUAUUACGUCAAAGCAGAGGGCACUUAUUUAAGGCUACUUUCAGAACUUUGUAUUUUCUCUAAACUAUAAAUGCAGUUAUGUCCAUUUGGAGGCCAGGGUACCACAUGUCACAGGCAGCCUUAUGUGUGUGCUGUAAAAAGGUUCAAAGACUGUUA